AUGUCGCUCGUCUCGCGAUAUCUCGGCGCGCUCAUCUUCAAUUUCGCCACCUUUAUUCUCCCAGUCCUCUACAGCACCCUCCCAAAGCUCUGGGUAGCCAAUAUUGACUCCUCGCUCGUCGUCACCACAGACGUGUACACCUACAUCGGCGUUGUAGCAGAGGUUUUGAAUAAAGGUCUUCCCCGAGCAGCUUGGGUCAUCAUCGGCGACAAAGCCUCACGCUCACUGCCUCAACGACUCAAGCUAACUCACACGCUAAUCCUCUUUCAAUCAAUCCUUGGCUUAAUCAUGAGCAUAGCGUUUAUGUCCGCAGCCUCCACCUUUGCAAAAGGUUUCGUGCCCGUAGAGGUGCGGGCCGCAAGCUUAACUUACGUCCAUAUCAGUGCCUUCUCUGCGCUCAGCUCUGCAAUCGAGGUGGCCGUCUCCACUUCCACGAGAGCCCUUGAUAAACCAAAUGUCCCGAUGAUCAUUAGUUCGGUUAAGUUCGCUAUUAAUAUCCUGCUUGACCUUCUGAUCAUCUCUCGCUUCCAUGUUGGAAGCUUCAAGCCGUCUGUCAACAUGCAGGCAGGAAUUCAACUAGCCUGCAACCUAAGUGCAGCCUUCGUAGGUUUGUGUUACUUCAUCUACAUCACCAGUUUUCGGGCACUUGCAGCAAUCGAGCACUAUCGCCCCCAUGAAAAUAUUCUCCCAAGCCUGCGAGCGCUCAAGGUCCUAGCUCGACCCGGGAUAAUUACCUUUACUGAAUCCGCCAUCCGCAAUGCUUUGUAUCUAUGGCUGGUGAGCGGCAUCGUAGCUAUGGGUUCCGAGUAUGCCACCGCCUGGGGCAUCUUCAACACCAUCAGAUGGGGUCUCAUCAUGGUUCCUGUGCAGGCAUUCGAAGCAACCUCCUUAGCAUUCAUCGGUCACAACUGGGGUCGAUGGCGGCGGAGCAUCGGAAUCGACAUGCACCGCGCAAAAGCCGACCGGCGGACUAUCUUCCAAAUAAUCCGACCGGCCCUCAUAUCACUGCUCAUCGCACUCGCUAUUGAGGUCCCGCUUUGUAUCUUCCUCUCUUUCUUCGGCACCCGCCCUUUCGCGCGAUACCUCAGUAACUCCGACGCUGUCGCGAAGAUCACUGCGCGUAUGUGGCGGACGAUCGACUGGUGUUAUAUUUUCUAUGCAGCAUCGACACAGCUCGCUACCAUCCUCCUCGCGACGCGCCCACGCUGGUAUCUAUAUCAGUCGUUGGCGUCGAACCUCUUGUACGUGUUGCCGUGGGCAAUCGUAUGCCAAGUUGCGCAUCUAAAUGUGGGUGACGCGUGGACGUACCAUAGUCUUGUCUUCGGAGGCAGUUUGGUGUUCAGUUUUUUUGAUAUCUUGCUUGUUGAUGGGAUAUGGGCCUGGACGCUGGUGACGGGUAGAAUUAGGCUGGAAGUCUUCCGAGGAUCCUAG